AUGUCGCAGCAGGACACCUCAGAUACGACGUUUGAGGGCGAAUUCGCCUCAGGUGGUGAGAAUGCAGCUGCCGGUGAGAUUCUACCUUCAACGGAGCCAACCUCUGCUAUCAUUGGAGUGCGUAUUCUCGUCACAGUUAAAGAAGCUGGUGUGAUCAUUGGUAAGAAUGGCUCUAUAAUUGCCGAUAUCCGGGAGAGAACAAACGUGAAGGCUGGUGUAUCACCUGUUAUACAAGGCACCCCUGAUAGAAUCUUGACUGUUACUGGUGCUUUGGACGAUACUGCUGAAGCCCUGGGACUCAUCGCACAAGCCCUGUUGGAGAACCCGUUGGAUGAAAGUGCCUUGCAAUUCUUUCCACUCAAGAGACUGCUUCCCCCAGGGCCAGAAGGCACCACAACGUUGAGGCUGUUGGUUCCAAAUGCACAGAUGGGCACCAUUAUUGGGAAACAAGGAGUUCGUAUCAAAGAGAUUCAGCAGCGGUUUAACGUUAAGAUCGUUGCCUCUAAGGACUUCUUACAUAACUCGACAGAGAGACUGGUGGAGUUACAAGGAUCACCAGCUGCUAUUGAAGAUGCAAGCAGAAUACUGGCACGUUGUCUGAUGGAGGAUUGGCACAGUGUCACAGGAACUUCCUUCUAUACACCAAGUCCAAGACCACAUCCUGGAAGGCGUUAUGUUCAUCAACAUGGUGGAGACUCUUCAGAUGUAUCGUUUGAUAACGAAUAUUCGAAAACUGCGAGGUUCCCAAGGGAUUACGUUGGAUGCCUGAUUGGUAAAGCUGGUAGCAGAAUCCAAGAGAUCCGCAGAGUUAGUGGAGCACAGAUCAUCAUUGCACCUGAAGAUGAUGAGGACGGAUUCCGCCAGUUUGUCUUGACAGGUUCCACAAGGGCAAUAGAUAAGGCUAUGAGUUUUCUGAAGCUAAAUAUGGAGAGGGAACAAGAACGUCGUGCAAAGCUUUCCCAAGAACAAGAAUGA